AGGCAGAGCAGUUCCUCCACGGCCGCCAGCAGCGAAGCCCACGCCACAGCAAACAAAGAGUACCCCAUUGUCAGUGGAUACAUAUCAUGAAACUGUUUGUGAUAAUAACAGCGCUUGGACUGGUCCUAACGACACAGUGCCUAGCUAAUAAAAAAACACAGUUAAUACACUAUAUCGCUAAGGAAAUUACAUGGCAUGGAGAAUACGGAAAUGUGACAUUCCUAAACAACUCGUGCGUAUUUGACGUGUAUCCGAAGUUGGAAGAAUGGAAGUUCCACUAUCAAAGCAGUUUCAGCUGUCCUUCAUGGCCAGACAUUGUAGGCGAAGCCGAGGGACGUUGCCGCCUCAGCACAUCAAUGAAAGCAGUAGUGCAUUUUCUCACCAAGGCUGAGAAGGAUGAGCUCUUCACUUAUGCAGAAGGAAAAUUUUGGCUUCUUUCCCAAGUAUAUAGAAACAAGGAUAAUAUCGUUUUUUCAUCCUUAUAACCAUUCAACGAAAACAAAAUUCGAAUUUACAGUGUAAAGGGGGAACUGUAUACAAGAUCAUAUUAAUAUUCAUUCUUUAAAAAUGUAUUAGAAUUAAGCAACAGAGCUUAAAAUAAAUGUAAUGCAAGACAUCGCUAGAGUUUCUAGCCAGGUUGUAUACAUGUAUCGAUAUUUCUAUCUAUAUCUAUAUUUACAUACUCUAUAUUGAUAUUAUCAUCAUUAUUGUAUUAUGUAGUUUAUUAUGAUUAUGCUUUAUAGUUUAAGUUUCGGGUAAUAUGAAAUUUAUAAUCUCCAUCAAAAAAAAUUAUAAGCUAUUUAAAUAAUAUUUCAUAUCUGUA